GUGGACAUCGGGUGGGACAGACGAGUACAUAACGGACAGCAUUGUAUCGUUGGAUCUACAGAAGUCAACAUGCUGAUAAUUCAUUAACCACAGGUCAUGAAGAAGGUAGCGGUGAUAGGAGCAGGUGCCAGUGGCCUUACUGCCACCAAGUGUUGUCUGGACGAGGGACUGGUACCCACGUGCUUCGAGAUGUCCGGUGACAUAGGAGGCCUUUGGCACUACCAGAGUGAGGAUCGGGAGGACCAGGGAAGUGUGAUGAAGUCUACAGUCAUUAAUACGUCCAAGGAAACUAUGUGCUUCAGUGACUUCCCCAUACCUCGGGAGUUUCCAGUCUUUAUGCAUAACACCUAUGUCCAGAGAUACUUGGAGAUGUAUGCUGAUGCUCAUCAAUUACGGCAAUACAUCACAUUUCACACAGAGGUAUUAUAUUAUAUGCACCGUAUUUUGGUACCGUACAGAUGUCUACAUGAUCCUGAAAAAGCUGACGAUUUUAACGAUUCCGGCCAGUGGAUGAUUACUCUGCGUAACAAGAAGACCACCGAAAAGGUUGAGACAUUAUUUGAUGCGGUGCUAGUAUGCACAGGUCACCAUGCAUCCUCACACGUCCCUGUCUUUCGCGGGUUUUCCGAAUUCAAAGGCAAGGUCAUUCAUUCCCAUGACUACAAGACUCCCUACCAAUAUGAAAACAAACGAAUCGUCGUCGUCGGCAUUGGUAACUCCGGUGGUGAUGUCGCUGUGGAACUCAGUAGUGUGACGUCACAGGUGUAUCUCAGCACCAGACGUGGGACGUGGGUACUCAAUCGUGUCGGACAAAAUGGACUGCCAAUCGAUUUCACCCAUUCCAGGUUAGUAGUAUGGGCAAACAGCCUCUGUUCCUUACGAAUCAAGGAACCUAUGGCGAGACAUGUUUUGAACUCAAGAUUUGAUCAUGCCGCUUACGCAUUGCAGCCCAAACACUCGUUCUUUGCCCAACAUCCCAUGGUCAACGAUGAUCUUCCAAACCGUAUAGCCAGUGGAUCUAUCAAAGUCAAGACAGAUAUCAAGUGCUUUACUGCAACUGGUGUAGAAUUCACAGACGGAACAAAGGAAGAGAACAUAGAUUCAGUUAUUCUAGCCACAGGUUAUGUUAUUGGAUUCCCUUUCAUUGAUACAUCUGUUCUGAAUGUUCAGCAAAACAAUGUAGAACUUUACAAAUACAUGUUCCCACCCAAACUGAGGAAGCAGACGUUAUGCAUCAUAGGAUGCGUUCAACCUCUGGGGGCAUUGAUGCCGACGUCAGAGUUACAGUGUCGCCUAGCAACAAGGGUAUUCAAGGGUGAUGUCACGUUACCCUCCAGCGACGAGAUGUGGAAGGACAUCCGGCGGAAGGAGGACACUAUGAGGAAAACCUACGUGAAAUCCAUACGUCACACGAUACAGGUAGAUUGGAUCCCGUACAUGGACGAACUGGCAACACUCGUCGGCUGUAAACCAGACUUACGCUUUCUGCUUCUGACAGACCCUAAGCUAGCAUGGUUGUGUUUGGUAGGUCCGUGUACACCUUAUCAAUUCAGACUCCAAGGCCCGGGGAAAUGGACAGGGGCAAGAGACGCCAUUCUGACUGUAAAACAACGAACUUUAUAUCCAUUAAAAACGAGAUCUUUAGGUUUCGUUCCUAAUCAAUCUCAGUCAGGUUUCGCUAUAUUCUCUUUCUCAUUCAUUUUAAUGUAUAUCAUGUUUAUUUGGGUGGUCUUUGAAAAAUGAAAUAGAAUCAACAGAUUUUAGCUCAACAUAGUCCGCCGUCCGUCCGUCCGUCCGUCAACUUUUCCUUUCCUUUAAAACGCUACUUGUCAUGAAUGACUGCGCAGAUUUUAACCAAAUUCGGUGAGAAGCAUUCUUGGGGAAAGGUGUUUUUUUGUGUAAA